AGUCACAAGCCGUUUAUUUUUCCGAGUCCCCCGGCGUCCCCCGACCCGGCGUCUUGCCAACAAGUGGUGUAGACGUUCGCUCUCGGCUCACUCGUCUGGCGUUCGUACUUGGAAUAACUUUGACGCCCGGUGCGCGUAACGACCCGGGAGUUUCAAAUUCGAUCGCGUGUUUAAAACUUUUCCGAAGUGUAUACAGAGUACAGUGGCGUGACACAGGACUUCAGUGGCGUGUUGAGAUUCGGUGCGGUGUUCGUGGAGGGUAAUCUGGAGUCGAUGCACAUCCCGCACGCGACCCCUCCUGCCCCAAGUAUGGCAGACGUAUACUCUCAUAUCCACGAGUAUUACCGGCAAAGCCACGGGGAGCUGGUGCAGACUGGAUCCCCAGCGGUGUUGUGUUCGGCUUUGCCUGGCCACUGGCGGUCGAAUAAGAGUUUGCCGGUGGCUUUCAAGGUUGUGGCUCUGGACGACGUACAGGAUGGAACUUUAGUUACGAUAAAAGCUGGAAACGACGAGAAUGUGAUGGCGGAAUUGAGGAAUUGCACGGCAGUGAUGAAGAACCAGGUGGCGAAGUUCAACGAUCUCCGGUUCGUUGGUCGUAGUGGCCGCGGCAAGUUCUUCUCGCUGACUAUCACCAUCAGCUCGUAUCCCAGUCAAGUGGCGACCUACACCAAAGCCAUCAAAGUUACCGUAGACGGACCUAGAGAACCUAGAACUAAACAAAAUUAUGGCUACGGGCACCCCGGGGCGUUCACUCCGUUCCUCCUAAGCUCGGGCUGGUUAGACGCUGCCUACCUCAACUAUGCGUGGGAUUACUUCAGGCCACCACAAAUGAGGGACCAACCCGCACCAUUAGUUAAAGGUGGUAUAGCGCCUCCUCCAGUAGCACUGCCUGGAUCAGAGCUAUUUCCAUUCCCACCAGCUAUGACUAAUUUACCACCAGGAGGAUUGCUGCCUCCCCCUGCCGCCUUCUUACCACCAAAUGGAUUGCUGCCUUUCCCUCCACAUCCUGCUGAAUUGGCGUUGAAAUCGUUAACACCAGAGCUAUCAAUAAAGAAUGGAAUAAACCCUUAUGACGCACUAAGGCAUCUACAGAAUAAUGUAUCUUCAAUUGAUACAUCGAGCGCUCAUUUAUCGCCUUCAAGUAGCAGACAAAGUAGUCCACGUAGCUUAAACAAUGCAACCCCUGAUAGAUCGAAAGCGGAUUCCAAAUCUGAAGUCAAUUCAACGCACGAUGCAACAAUAUCUGAUGAAUCUGAUGAGGAACAAAUUGAGGUAGUUAAGUCUGCAUUCCAUCCGAUGCGGCCGGCAAACGUAGAACUUCGAGAGAUGAAAAAAGUCCAAGCUGCCGACUCCACAGUGUCCGACAGGCCGCGCGUGCGCAACGAGCUGAAAGUGAUGUCACAGCGAACGACAAGAGUCCAAUCCACAAGUCCGACGUCCACCAAAAUCACCAAUGGCACAAAUGGGAACCAUAAAUCAGUGUGGCGACCGUACUGACAUUACUGGUGUUAGUGUAGCGUAAAUACUUGUAAUAAUAUCUCCGUUUCUAUAAGCGGUGUUGUUGAAAUGUGAUAUACCCAUGAGCUUGUAAAUAUUAUAGAGUAAUAUAAAAUUCAGUAACAAAAAAUAUUUAUUAGUAGAUAGGUAGGUAUAGUAAGUGAUAGCUUCUGAUUCGUUAUAUAAUAUGUAAAAUUGUUGAUUCUUUGUUAUUUUUAUUGCGAAUGUGUUCAGGCUUAUUAUUAAGAUGUUAUACCAACCCAA